GCGCGGUACACUACAAUAACAAAAAUUGGUUGUACUAUUUUCCAGGUUGGGUGUGAAGGACUAAGAAUGAGGCUUUCGAAUGAAUGGUAGUUGACUUUAGAAAAGCCUCUGAGUUACCAGUUCAUUUGCUUUAUAAUCCACACCUACAGUCAUGAAGGUGAAAAGUGAUUUCAAAAGAGGUUUUCAUGAUGAUGAUUAUGUAAUUGCUAUGGCAGGUUAAACACAGGCAUGCGCACAUGCAGGAAGUCAUCAUAAUGACGUAUAACAAACGCUCCUCCCAUGAUAUGCUAAUGAGCACAGGAUAAUAACUCUAAUCUGAGUUUUCUGCUUAGUGGCACAGAGAUCAAGAGCUCCUGUCAAACAGAUGCACGAACCAAACAGGUCUGAUGUUGUUUUUGAGGGAAAACAUCUCUGUAACGAAUCAGCAAAUUUAUCUGACAUGAGAGCAGUCACCACCACGUAUUUACUGUGUGUUUUUGUUGGCUCUUUAUCAGUUCUUAUCAUGUGUGGAAAUCUUCUGCUAAUAACCUCCAUUGUUUACUUCAAACAGCUUCAUACUCCGACAAACUAUCUCAUCCUCUCUCUCGCUGUAGCUGACUUGCUUGUUGGUGUUUUCAUUUUGCCAUUUAGCACAAUACUAUCUGUAAGCUCUUGUUUUUAUCUUCAAGAUGUACUUUGUAAGUUACGAGGCAGUUUUGAUAUAUUUCUGUGCACAUCUUCUAUUUUGAACUUGUGCUUUAUUUCUGUUGACAGAUACUAUGCUGUGUGUCAGCCCCUGAGGUACAAAGCUAAGAUAAAUGUCCGUGUUAUUAUGAUCAUGAUCCUGGUGAGCUGGACUGUUCCUGCUCUAAAUGGAAUUAGUGUCACAGUUUUGGGAGUGAACCAGAAACAAUAUAACGGGAGGUGCGUUUUAUUUCAAAAUACAAAUUCAGCAAUUCCGGGAACUGUUUUUGCAUUUUACCUCCCAGCUCUCAUCAUGUUCACAAUUUACCUAAAGAUUUUCAUGGUGGCACAGAGACAGGCACGCAGCAUCCAGAACAGAACCUGUCAGGGCACAAAGUCUGGAGCAACUGUCAGUAAGAUGGAGAGAAAGGCCACCAAAACUCUGGCUAUUGUCAUGGGAAUUUUUCUCAUCUGUUGGACUCCUUUCUUUCUUUGCAUCACCUUUAACCCUUUGAGUAAUGGUGCAAUACCACUUCCUUUGAUUGAAAUGUUCAAGUGGCUUGGAUGGUCAAAUUCAAUGCUCAACCCAUUUGUCUAUGCUUUCUUUUACAGCUGGUUUCGAUUAGCUCUCAGGAUGAUACUCUCUGGGAAAAUAUUUCAAGGUGAUUUUACAAAUUCUAAGCUCUUUUGACUCUUCAUUUUAAGUGCUGACAUAUCACUAAUAAUGAAGCUUAUCGAGAAACACAAUCUCAUUUCCACUGUUCAUGAUAACAUAAUCACAUAAACAUUUCAGUGUACUAUGCAUAUAGUAUCUUUAUAUACAGCCCAAAGCACACAGCCCCUUCAAUAGAGUGUAUUCUGUGUCUUGAUGUCUGUUGAUAAAUGCAGAGCCAUAUAUCUCACCGUGUGUCUCAUGGUGUUCGUAUUCAGUUGUUACAAUUGACUGAACCCACCAUGUCUUUCAUAUCAUGGGAUAUCCUCUUGGACUGAUUGUAUAAAAUCGGCUAAAGUAAAAAGUGAUGGAUAACUUCUGUCUCUGUCUAUCCCUAUCAACCUGUUCAGAACAAAAUUAUGGAUGAAUACUUCAUCAUCUUUAUUUGUACAAACAUUAUGGUUGGAUACGUCAUCAUAUUUAAUUGUACCAGCAUUUUUGUGCAAGUAAAUAAGUUCUCAUUCUGUUUCAGCUCUAAUAUUUGAUUAUAAAUGCCUUUUUUUAACAAAGUAAUUGUAGACAGAAGAAAAGUACAAGCUG